AUGCCGGCCACACCACUGCUCGAAGUAGAGGAUCUUACUGUCCUUCGGGAUAACUCCUCUCCAUUAUUCUCCAAUCUCUCUUUCACCCUUUCCCCCGGUGAAGUACUGGUUCUACGCGGAGUAUCAGGAUCUGGGAAAUCGACUUUACUCAAAUGUAUAGCAAAGUUGAACCUAUACUCCAAGGGGAUAGUUCGAUUGCAUGGUAAAGAAUCUAAAGAAUGGGAUAUACCUGAAUGGAGAAUAAAAGUAGCUUAUGUCCCACAAAGACCAAGCUUGUUACCUGGUACACCCCUUGAUUUCUUAUCUACCAUACGUAGUCUGUCAGCUAGGAAGAAAGCCCUUCAAGCAUCGGAGUCCGAGGUCGACCCAAUGGACUUGGCUCAAGAUUGGGGGAUAGAUAAGCCUUUAUGGAGGAGGGAUUGGGGAACAUUGAGUGGUGGUGAAGCGCAGAGGAUCGCUUUGGCCGUUGCGGUUGGUAUAGGUGGAGCAGAAGUACUACUCUUAGAUGAACCCACUUCGGCAUUAGAUGCAGACAGCUCGGAUAAGGUCGAGAAGUCUUUGUUGAGCAUGUUACCUCCCUUGGAAGGGAGUUCGAGGCAAAAUGAACAUGUACAGCGGAAAGGAAAUGGGCCGAAGGCUCUAAUUUGGAUCACGCAUUCUGCGGAACAGGCCGAUAGGGUGGGGACUAGAUCAUUGGACUUGUCUCAGCAUUGA